AUGGUCUCAAACAAGCUUCACGUGCCUGGUUUCAGCACAGUCAUUGAGGUUGCUAAAUUUAUUCCGAACAUACAUGAUCUGGCUGUCUUCAUUCAUUCUUCACCUCAUGGUCCGACCAUUCUCCUUCUGUAUGUGGAUGAUAUGAUACUUACUAGCGAUGAUUCUGCUCACAUUACUUUUGUGAAGCAGAAACUGUGUAAGACCUUCUUGAUGACUGAUCUCGGUCCGCUUCAUUAUUUUCUGGGUAUCGAGAUCACAUAUCAUCCUGAUGGCUAUCGACUGUCUCAGCAGCGUUACACUCUUGAUCUCCUAGCUCACUCUGGCUUAACGGAUACUCGUAGUGCCGCUACACCGAUGGAGUUGCAUUUGCAGCUUCGUGCUUUUGAUGGGAUUCCCUUAUCGGAUCCUUCUCACUAUCGGCAUCUAGUUAGUAGCUUGGUAUAUCUAGCCAUUACACGUCCUGACAUUUCUCAUACUGUGCACAUUCUCAGUCAGUUCAUUGCUGCCCUCACCUCUGUUCAUUAUGGGCAUCUUCUCUUGGUGCUACAAUAUCUUCUUAGCACUACCUCGCGUGGUCUGUUCUACUCACACUAG